AUGCGCCUCCUUCCCCGCGAAGUCGACAAGCUCGCCCUCCACCAAGCCGGCUUCCUCGCUCAAAAGCGUCUCGCACGAGGUCUGCGUCUCAACCAUCCCGAAGCAAUCGCGCUCAUCGCCUCCCAAAUCCUCGAAUACAUUCGGGAUGGCACACAUACCGUCUCAGAACUUAUGGCCCUAGGCCGUCGCAUGCUCGGUACGCGACAAGUUCUACCGGGAGUUGAAAGCAUGCUGCACGAGGUUCAAGUGGAAGGAACGUUUCCAGAUGGGACGAAAUUGGUUACGGUGCAUAAUCCCAUUGCGAGCGAAGACGGGGACUUGGCAGUUGCGCUCUAUGGGAGUUUUUUGCCUGUUCCAGAGUUGAGUGUCUUUGAGACGCGGGGCUUGAAGAGAAAGGAAGGGGAUGAUGGGAUGCGAUAUGAGCCUGGUGCCAUUGUGGUCAAGCCCGGUAAAAUUAUUUUGAAUGACGGGAGGAAUCGGUAUGGGAUCAGGGUGACGAAUGAUGGAGAUCGACCGGUUCAGGUUGGAUCGCAUUACCAUUUUAUCGAAGUGAAUCCGAAAUUGAGAUUCGAUCGGGAAUUGGCGUACGGAAAGCGACUUGAUAUCCCUGCUGGAACAGCUGUGAGGUUUGAGCCUGGUGAAAGUAAAAUCGUCUCGCUCACUGAUCUUGCUGGGAAAAUGAUUAUAUCCGGCGGAAACGCCCUUGCAAGCGGUCCUGUCGAUGCGUCCCGUAUCCCCUCGAUUCUCGCCAAUCUCAUCUCUAAAGGAUUCGCACACGACCCUACAAAUGCCUCUGUGCUCCCCAUUCCUGCCCCAUACACAAUGGAUCGACACCGCUACGCCGAAGCGUACGGUCCGACUGUAGGCGAUCGCGUCCGAUUGGGAGAUACCGACCUUUUGAUCGAAAUUGAGAGAGAUUUCACUGUUUAUGGAGAUGAAUGUGUCUUUGGGGGUGGCAAAGUCAUUCGAGAGGGAAUGGGACAGGCGAAUGGUGUGGGUGAUGCUGAUGCGUUGGACCUUGUCAUCACCAAUGCCGUGAUUGUGGAUUGGAGUGGGAUAUAUAAGGCCGAUAUUGGGAUUAAGAAGGGGGUGAUUGUUGGUAUUGGGAAAGCUGGGAACCCGGAUGUCAUGAACGGGGUGACGGAGGGGAUGAUCGUUGGUGUCACAACCGAAGUGUUGGCUGGGGAGGGAACGAUAUUUACAGCUGGAGCUGUGGACACUCAUAUUCAUUUUAUUUGUCCACAACUCUGUGUGGAGGCACUCGCAAGUGGGAUUACAACCCUCAUUGGCGGGGGUACUGGUCCCAACACCGGUACAAAUGCCACGACAUGCACGUCCGGAAUCAAGCACAUUCGCAUGAUGCUUCAAGCAACGGAUGACCUCCCUAUCAAUAUUGGGCUGACCGGAAAAGGAAAUGCAUCCAGUCCGGUUGGACUUGAAGAGCAAAUCCUUGCUGGGGCUGUGGGGCUAAAGCUGCAUGAGGACUGGGGCACGACACCCGCCGCGAUUGAUAACUGUCUGGACGUCUGUGAACGGUACGAUGUUCAGGCGACGAUUCAUACAGACACUCUGAAUGAAUCUGGGUUUGUCGAGUCUACCUUGGCAGCCUUCAAGGGCCGAACGAUUCAUGCGUAUCAUAGUGAGGGGGCCGGAGGCGGACAUGCACCGGAUAUUAUCCGGGUAUGCGGCGAGCUGAACGUCAUCCCUUCUUCCACCAACCCCACUCGGCCAUUUACCGUCAACACGCUAGAUGAACAUUUAGACAUGCUCAUGGUCUGUCACCACCUAUCCAAAAACAUACCAGAAGAUAUUGCAUUUGCCGAAUCCCGCAUUCGAGGCGAAACGAUUGGUGCUGAAGAUUAUUUACACGAUAUUGGUGCCAUUUCCAUUAUUUCUUCUGAUUCACAAGCAAUGGGACGGGUGGGCGAAGUCGUAUCCCGGACGUGGCAAACUGCGGAUAAGAUGAAGGGGGUGAGAGGGGUGUUGGAAGGGGAAGGCGGAGCGGACAAUUGGAGGGUGAGGAGAUAUGUUGCAAAGUAUACGAUUAAUCCAGCGACGGCGCAUGGUAUCUCCCAUAUUGUCGGAUCUAUUCAAGUGGGCAAGCUAGCCGAUCUCGUCCAAUACCGGCCAGAAUUCUUUGGUACCAAACCUGAACGGAUUAUCAAAGGAGGCGUAAUUGUCUGGGCACAAAUGGGGGACGCAAAUGCAUCCAUUCCGACACCGGAACCCAUCAUCUCUCGUCCCAUGUUUGGCUUCUCACCUUCCUCCAUCUCUUAUACAUCCCAUGCAUUCGUCUCUUCCGCCUCUAUCCCCAACGUUGCGGCGCUGCAACUAAAGAAAACAGUUACACCCGUGAUAGGGUGCCGGACGGUGACCAAAAAGGACAUGAAAUUGAAUGAUCUUUGUCCAAAGGUUGAAGUCGAUCCCGAGACCUAUCAAGUCAAAGUGGAUGGACUUUUGGUCAAAGUGGAUCCGGUACGGGAGGUUGCUUUAGGGAAGAGUGUAUUUUUGUUUUAA